AUGAGUGUACAUCUGACAACUCUGCCCGUCGCCAGCGGCAACAACACCUCUAUGACGUACGAGAUGUGUAUACAUAGUGAUGAUCCGUUCAAGUUCAACGCCUACAUCAUCACCUACCUGCUCGUGUUUCCUUUCGCCUUUCUGUGCAACACUGGAGCUCUGUUGAUUUUCAUCGUGCAGGGUCCACGCAGAGGCUCUUCCGCCUGUGUGGUCAUGAUGAAUCUCGCCCUGUCAGACGCCAGCUUCUCCCUCACCCUCCCAGUGAGAGCGUUUUAUUACCUGACGGAUGGAGUGUGGAAGUUUCCUGAUUGGCUGUGUCAAUUAUGUGGCUACAGCUUCUACGUGAACAUAUACAGCAGCAUCUUCUUCCUCACUCUCCUGAGCCUGCUCCGGUGGCUGGCCGUGACCCAGCCCCUCCAACACAGCUCUCAGGUCACGCCCACUCGGACCAUGCUGGUCUGUGUGGGGAUCUGGGUGUUUGUGGGUGCGGCCGUUUCUCCCUUACUGCUCAAAGGGACCACAGAAAGGUCGGGGUCUCCUCGUUGCUUCGAGCCAAAUGAUGAUUCCUCUAGGAAGGUUCUCCGAAUAUUAAACUACGUAUCAUUGGCUGUGGGCUUCCUCCUUCCUCUCCUCACCAUCAUCCUCUGCUACAGCAGCCUGAUACGUCACCUGAUGGCCGGGUCCAGCCUCUCUAGCAACCAGUCCGGCAACAGCCACCACCAUACAAGAAAACGCUCUGUACACCUGGUUUCCAUGGUGAUUGUGACCUUCCUGUUUUGCUUUCUGCCCUAUCAUGUGAUGAGGUCAGUGCACCUGCACGCCGAUUGGAAAAAGUGGCCCUGUAAGGUCACGGUGGCGCUGCGGCGAGCAGUGGUGGUGACGCUGUGUCUGGCGGCAUUGAGCAGCGUGUUCAACCCUCUGCUGUACUACUACUCAGCCAAGAAGUUCAGAGAGGACAUCAGAGAUGUACUCCGGAGCAGCAGGAGUGACCGACCACCAACCGGAUCUUACCGGGGUGUGACCGAGCAGCUCGCGGCCGGACCCGCCGUGAUUCACUCCCCCCCCCUCCGACCACCGGGCCCCAACUUCCGUUACUAUCCCCGGGCGGUGACGUCAGCACCGGGAAAAAAGUUUGGAGCCGGUUCACCGGAGGAGACGAGAACCGACCGGAACCACGGCCGCUCCACGCGCGUGCCCGCCGCUGCUCGUCGCUCGGUUGUUUCCCCGCGUGCACGCGCAGAUGGGGACGAUGUGAACGGGACCGCGCGUUGCCUCCACGAGACUCACGCUGAUCUCCGGUAG